AUGAAUUUCUUAUGGAUUACUCUAUUGCUUGUAGUCAUCAGUACUAUAACCGCACUUAACACAGAUCAAGAAACAGACGAUAAUAGUCUAAAUGCAAAUCUAAAUGAAGACGAAGACACCAAUGAGUUUGAGGCAAACGUACAGCCAUUUUACGGCUUAAGAGUUAAUCCUAAAUAUUACGGAACAUUUCAUCAGUUAAUCAAUAAGAGAAUAAAAGGCAGUGAAUUCCUCGGCAAACGUAUGGGUUCGGAGUUUUUAGGCAAAAGAGGCGACAACUACUAUAAGGAGGAGUGUCCCAUCAUAUCCCACACAUCAUCACUAAACUAUACUUAUGAUAGCACUUCAGAUAUUUACGGCUCUCAAAAAUCAACAAAACGGUUGUCUGAAUUUCUGGGCGGACCUGGAAAACGGUUUUAUAAGUCUAUAGGCGUUCCCGAUAAGAGGCGAGGAAUAGGAGGCUCAGUAACGCCCAGUUAUUUUUUGGCUAAAAAAUUAUCCGAAUAUCUUAACUCAUCUUUCAAACGACCGGUUCGUUUCUCCAACGGUUUGAUUGAUUUUUAUAAUCCGAGAGGCAGUGAAUUUCUUGGAGGACCCGGAAAAUAGUCCAAACAUUUUGAUUUAAACAACAAGUUUGUCGUUAUCUUAAUGUCAAAUACAACAUAUAUAAUAAUAAUUACCACUUUUCACUAUACAAUUCAUAUCAUUAUACUAUUGAUACUAUUGAUACUAAUUGUUUUUUGAUUUUUGA